CUUUUCCAUUCAAUUUGCUGAUCAAGAUAUAAGGUCGCGUUUCUGUAGAACCAUAUAUAAGAUUGCUUGGCUAAUAACUUAGCGCAGUACUGGACUGACAGGGAAAGAAGCUAGUUACUUUUUCAGAAUGAAGACAAUUUUAGUUUUGGCAGCUUUAGUGGCAGUGGUAGUGUCUCUUCCUGCUGACACAUAUAAUCCUGAAUAUGACAAUUUCAAUGCUCAGGAAUUGGUGGACAAUAUCCGCCUUCUGAAGAAUUACGGAAAAUGUUUCUUGGAACAGGGUCCUUGCACCCCGGAGGGAAAUGACUUCAAUAAGGUUAUACCAGAAGCUUUAAGAACCUCUUGCGCAAAAUGCACACCGAAGCAACGUGAACUGGUUCGCACUGUAGUACGUGGUUUCCAGACAAAGUUACCCGACAUGUGGCAAGAACUGGUGAACAAGGAAGACCCCAAAGGUCAAUAUACCCAAGUCUUCAAAGAAUUCCUGGAAUCCUCCAACUAAACGACACAGCUAUAUCUAUGUUUAAGUACAAUCAUCACAAUAAAAUUUAUCAAUAGGUGUUCUUACGUUACAAAAGUGGGUAAAGGAUUUUUUUUACCAACGUCAUCGCAGUAUUGCAUGAGUAUUGUGUUAAUUUAUGUUAAAUUAAGAAUUGCUAUUUACUUAUAUCUUUAUGCAGAAUGAUGUAUUAUUAUUUUAUUAAAUUUUGUUACUAA